AUGCGAAGGAAAUCAGAUAAGUAUGCGUGGGUAUGUGUGAUUACAGAUGGCACUACGUGCGUAGAGAAAGAAGGUCACUGUUUUCUAUGUGUGAUUACAGAUGGCACUACGUGCGUAGAGGAAGAAGGUCAGUGUUUUCUAUGUGUGAUUAUAGAUGGCACUACGUGCGUAGAGGAAGAAGAUGGCACUACGUGCGUAGAGGAAGAAGGUCAGUGUUUUCUAUGUGUGAUUACAGAUGGCACUACGUGCAUAGAGGAAGAAGGUCAGUGUUUUCUUUGUGUGAUUGCAGAUGGCACUACGUGCAUAGAGGAAGAAGAAACGCGUCAUGUUCUUACUUACGUCUACACAAUGAAUAGCAGAUUAUUUUUACCAGCUAGCAGUUACAUGGUAACCAAGUUACAUUUCUUUCCCAACACUAUGAGGACGUGGACAGAGUAUACGUUUGUACAUAGGAAACUGAUCUUCCUCCUCGUGGCGAUUUUUCUGGUUGCGGGAACGUGUCUCAUUGUUAGUUAUAACUUACAGUUGACAGACUUCAGGCCUUUCAGAUUGGAGAUCAAAGGUCAAGUACCAUGCCGAAGUGCCUCCUGUCAUCCGGUCACCAACAUCUUCUUCCUCAAGACGCACAAGUGCGCUAGUUCAACUGUCCAGAACCUUCUGAUGCGUUUUGGUGAGAAACACAAGUUGGAUUUCGUAUUACCUUCUUCAGGAAACUAUAUUUCUUACGAAAGAAAGUUAAAGCAGCACGUUUUGUCAGAAGACCUUACUCCUCCGUGGGGUUUUAACAUUUUUUGUCACCAUACUAGGUUUGACUUAAGAGAGGUUAAGAAAAUAAUGCCCUCAGAUACCAUAUACAUCACUAUUUUCCGACAUCCAGUUAGACAGCUUAAGUCCUUAUAUUCCUACUAUAGUCUUGAAAACAUCACUGGUCUAAAACUCGAAGAUUUCUUGAAAACCCCAGAAAAAUGGGAUUCUCUUGCCAGUAGUCGAAUCUGGAACAAACUUGGGCAGAAUCAAAUGCUUUAUGAUUUGGGGUUUGAAAUAAAAGAUUGGGAGACCGAAGAACUUAUUGAUGUAGCCGUGAAAAAGGUUGAAUUGUGGUUUGAUUUCGUGUUAAUCGCAGAGAGGUUUGAAGAGUCUUUAGUGCUUCUGAAGGAACUUUUAUGCUGGGAUAUCCUGGAUGUCGUGUUCUUGCACCAUAACAAAAGAUUAGCUUCGAUCUCUGAUAAACUUUCCUCAGAGGCUGAAAGACACGCUCUUGAAUUCAACAGAGGGGACUGGAAACUCUACCAGUAUUUCGCUUCAAAGUUUGAAAAGUUGGUGGAAGACUUUGGUCGAGAGAAUAUGGAACAAGAAGUGAGAAAUGUGAGAAUGUGGAAUAAGAUUUGUUAUCAAAAUUGUAUAAAUGGCAUGAAUAUUAAUAACCACACACAAGCAAGUUUAGAAACCGGAGUUUUCUACGAUAAUGUAUUUAGUUUUACUUUGAAAGAAGGAGAAAAGCCUGAUCUGUGCCUUAAAAUGGCUAUGCAGGAGCUUCUGUAUACCGACAAAUUAAGGAAGACACAAAAACAAUCAAUAUUGUAUUGGAAAACGUUUGGAAAUAAAUGCAAAACAUGAAUAUAUCUUAUUUCAAUACAUAAGUUGCUCCUAAAAGCUUGUUAAGAAAUUUAAAAAUAAUAAAUGUUUACACAGCAGAAGUCGAGUUAUCCUAAACCUUAAAACACCAGAGUAACUUACCUGUAGAGUUAACGUAUUGCAUUGUAAGAACACUAAUAAACAAGAGCACAGUAUCACGAUUUUCUAAUAUCCUUUCGAACAAAUCGUUUUAUAUUUAAUGUAUUGACACCAAAGUGUAAAGCGUUUUAUAGGAAAGCAAUAUUUAAUUCUCUCUACACGGGCUUGGUCGAAUUGACUGAUUGUGCUCAUUAUAGCUUUGAUGCUACUAACUUUUAAUAUGGUAUGUGUAUCUUUAUAAAAUUUGGCAGACUAUCAGUAGACAAUACAAGUUUUUUACAUACAAUAAAAAUCAAAUUUUUUAGUGAAGUGUUUUUCAUAAACUAAAAAAAUAUAUGCCCGUGAAUAUAUUGGGCCAUUUUUUUGGCUAGUCCGUUUGCAAAGUGAUUCUCGUGUUAACUUGCUUUUCAUUUGUGUA